AUGGCAGAAGUACUGACCGUCCUCGAGCAGCCGAACUCAAUUAAAGAUUUUCUCAAGCAGGAUUCAAAUAUUGCGUUUCUAGCUGGUGGAGUAGCUGGCGCGGUUUCCCGAACCGUUGUUUCACCUUUUGAGAGAGUUAAAAUACUGCUGCAAGUUCAAAGUUCAACCACUUCUUAUAACCGAGGUAUCUUUAGCUCUAUACGGCAGGUUUACCAUGAGGAGGGAACCAAAGGUUUAUUCAGAGGAAAUGGUUUGAACUGCAUAAGAAUUUUUCCCUAUAGUGCAGUCCAGUUUGUAGUAUACGAAGCUUGUAAGAAAAAGUUAUUCCAUGUAAAUGGCAAUAAUGGACAAGAACAACUAACGAACACCCAAAGACUAUUCAGUGGUGCAUUGUGUGGUGGUUGUAGUGUGGUGGCUACUUACCCGUUGGACUUGAUCAAAACAAGACUAUCGAUUCAGACAGCAAAUUUGAGCAGUUUAAACCGCUCAAAGGCAAAAAGUAUAUCAAAGCCUCCGGGGAUCUGGCAAUUACUAAGCGAAACUUACAGACUCGAAGGCGGUCUCAGGGGAUUAUAUAGGGGUGUAUGGCCAACGAGUCUUGGUGUUGUUCCAUAUGUAGCACUAAACUUUGCAGUUUACGAACAAUUGAGAGAAUUCGGUGUCAAUUCCUCCGAUGCUCAGCCUUCCUGGAAAAGUAACCUCUAUAAAUUAACAAUUGGCGCCAUAAGUGGAGGGGUUGCGCAAACAAUCACUUAUCCCUUUGAUCUGCUAAGAAGAAGAUUUCAAGUUCUCGCAAUGGGCGGAAAUGAACUGGGAUUUAGAUACACGAGUGUCUGGGAUGCGCUCGUGACAAUCGGCAGAGCAGAAGGCGUUAGCGGUUACUACAAAGGCUUAGCUGCAAACCUUUUUAAAGUUGUUCCUUCAACUGCAGUGAGUUGGCUAGUUUACGAAGUUGUAUGUGAUUCUGUAAGAAAUUGGUGA